UUUGCCAGUAGGGGUGAUCAUCGGUUUUGCGUAUAGAAACAGCGUCGUCCUUCCCCCACCGCCUCUUUUUUUUAACUUCUAGCAGAAGUGCGGAUGUGAGUUGCAUAUUGAUACGGAACAGGCCGCUAGUUUUUUUUUUUUUUUUUUAGCAAUGUGUGCUUAGGCAAUGAUCAUUUUGUGGAGCUAUGAAUCCAGAGGAGCAGACUGUAACGUGGUUAAUAUCACUAGGAGUGCUCAGCUCGCCUAAAAAAAAUAUAGCGGACCCGGAGGAGUUUUUGAAAACAUCGUUGAAGGAUGGGGUCGUCUUGUGCAAGCUCACGGAGCGGCUCAUACCUGGCUUCACUCCCAAGUAUUGCCAGGAUCCGAGAACUGAAGCCGACUGCAUUUCCAACAUCAGGGAGUUUUUAAGAGGAUGCUCGUCCUUGAAAGUGGAAGGUUUUGAACCCGAGUGGUUAUACACUGGCGAGAAUUUUGGCAAGGUUCUGAACACUUUGCUGGCAGUCAACUUUGCCACACAAGACUGUGCUGCUGAGAGGUCAUGUCCGCAGUCCGGUGCUACCUCUCCUAGUCAGUCGACAUCUUCACACACACUUUCCUCUGCCAAAUCCAAAGGCUCUCUGCGUCGACAAUCCAAAUCAGUGGAGAUGUCUGAGAACGGUGGAGGUGGGCAGCAGAUGGUGAAGGCCCGCUUCAACUUCAAGCAGAACAAUGAGGAUGAGCUGUCAUUCAAUAAAGGUGACCUGAUCCUUGUGACGCGGCAGGAGGAGGGAGGAUGGUGGGAGGGCAGUCUCAACGGCAAGACAGGCUGGUUCCCCAGCAACUACGUCAGGGAGAUCAAACCCUGCGAGAAGCCAGUGUCUCCUAAAGGAACUCCGCUGACCAAGAACUACUACAGUGUGGUUGUGCAAGAUAUCUUGGAACAUGAGCGGGAGUUUGUCAAAGAAUUGCAAGCAGUGCUGAGCUGUUAUCUACGGCCCUUGCAAGCCAGUGACAAGCUGAGCAGUGCAGACAGCUCCACCCUGUGUGGAAACCUGGAGGAGAUCCUUACCUUCCAGCAGGGACUAUGUGUGGCUUUGGAGGACUGCACAAAAGUCCCAGAGGUCCAGCAGCGGGUGGCGGGCUGCUAUUUAAACCUGAUGUGUCAGAUCAAGACUCUGUACCUGGCUUACUGUUCCAGCCACCCUUCAGCUGUCUGCAUCCUCACUGACCACAGUGAGGAACUAGACAAGUUCAUGGAGAGCCAGGGAUCCAGUGCUCCAGGAAUCCUGACCCUGACCACCAGUCUCAGUAAGCCCUUCAUGAGGCUGGACAAAUACCCAACCCUGCUGCAAGAGCUGGAGAGACAUGUGGAGGAAGCCCACCCAGACUAUGCUGACAUAGUAAAGGCAACAGCAGCAUUUAGGAGCCUAGUGGCACAAUGCCAGGAUCUGCGGAAGCGCAAGAACCUGGAGAUCCAGAUCUUGUCAGAACCAGUGCGGGCCUGGGAGGGAGACAGCAUGAAGAGCUUGGGUCACGUGGCCUACAUGUCCCAGGUCCAUGUGAAAAAUGGGUCCAGUGAGGAAAAAGAGGAGCGCUAUCUAAUGCUGUUCCCAAAUGUGUUGGUUAUGCUCUCCGCCAGCCCCCGGAUGAGUGGUUUUAUUUAUCAGGGAAGACUGGCACUGACAGGCACCACAGUAACAAGACAUGCAGAGGAUGCAGACAAUGCCCACUAUGCCUUUGACAUCACAGGAAGCAUGAUCGAUCGUAUUACAGUGUUCUGCAGCAGUGCCCAGGAGUUACAGGAGUGGCUAGAGCACCUUCAGCCCUUUACCAAAGGAGGCAGCCCUGCAAGCACCAUUUCAAAGACUGUAGAAGGCAAGCCACUAAGCAUGGUCGGUACUCCAACUCACCUCUCGCACCUGGGCAGCAUCAGUGCUGUUGGUCGCGGCCCCCUGGAGCCUCCGAAGAUCAGCAAGCCCUGGUCUCUCAGCUGUCUGCGCCCUGCGCCCCCCCUCAAACCCUCUGCUGCACUGGGAUACAAAGAGAGGAUGUCUUAUAUCAUGAAGGACUCCAGCAAGAGCCCGCGGCCCAUAAAGAAGUUCCUGCCAGGCAAUAGGAAGAAAGAGCGGAAGCCCUCCGAUGACGAGGUUCAAACGAGGAAAAGCACAGCUGCUCUGGAGGAGGAUGCUCAGAUAUUGAGGGUGAUUGAGGCGUACUGCACAGGAGCCAGCCUGCACCAGACCACCGCAAGUGUUCGUUUGUCGGUACGGAAGGAGUGCGUCCCUCAGGUGCUUCUGCCAGAGGAGGAGAAGAUCAUUGUGGAGGAGAUGAAGAGCAAUGGGCAGACAGUUAUUGAGGAAAAGAGCCUGGUGGAUGCUGUGUAUGCUUUAAAGGAUGAGGUUCAUGAAUUAAAAAAGGAGAACAAGUGGAUGAAGCAGUUUAUGGAGGAGGAGCAGAAGUCUCGCAAAGAGCUGGAGAGAAUGGUUCGAAAACUGGCCAAGCAGAAGAAUGAUUGUGCUUGGGAUGAUAUCAGCCACUGAAUACAUCCAUACAAUCAUCCUCAUACUAGUGUGUCUGCGUGCACGUGUAUGGGUACAUUUAUGUAAGCAUGUUUGUGGAGGGUGAGGGGUGUGUGUGUAUUUGGGUAUCUGUCUAUGCUGCGUCUCUAUAUUUCACACAUAGCAUACACAGUGACGAUGAUGCUUGGAGUUUCUUCGUGCUGGAUUUGACAUUUUGAUGAAAUCUAAUCUGUCUUCCUGAUCCAGCCUCACAUGGUGAUACUACAAAUAUGCCUCCUCGUGAAAUGGCUUUGCUGAACUAAGACUGAUCAAGUGGGAUAUUUCAAACAUACUGCCUCUUGGCGACUGGCACUGUGAACAGUCCCCUGCAAAUGGAAACAUUCUGGACACAAAACAAGUUAUUUUCUUUUGCUUCAGUUCAAAAUGGAAAAGGAGUUGUUCUCCUGCAUGCACAUCUGGGGACAGAUAUUUUUCACUUCACAUCAUGACUUUUUUUUUUGCCGUUGUCAUAUUUUUUUUGUCACAAGGAACCCCAGUGGGCCACUGAGCUUUCAUGAGUAUGUCUGAUUGGCAAUUUUACAAACAUUCUAGACACAUUGCAAAUUUCCAGGCCAUUUUGUAGGCGUUUAAGCAAUUCAAGCAGGUUAGCUCUUCAUUUCACAUUUGGUGUUUUCAAAACUGCAUGAAUGUACAGUGUUUCUACAGUAUGAAUUAUGCAUCAGAAAUGUGAUAAUCAUAUAUAUAUUAGUCCAAAGCUAUCAGGGAUGCAGCUGCAUAAUAGUAUAGAAAAGGCUUAAUUAUGUAUCAUUUAUUAUAAAGAGUAUGCAAAUAAUGACAAAGAUGUCACCCCUACUCUUCUUACUAAAAUGUAUUCAAGUAUCAUUUUAACAUAUUAGUUACAUAGUCUUGCUUUAUUUUGGAUUUUCUUUUUAAUAUUUUUUAUUUAUUGUUCACUCAAGCAUUUAAUUGUGGUGUUAGCCUUACAGAUAGUUUUGCUGCCUUUUAAAUUUGUCUAGGAAUUUUAUAAACUAAACUGAUGUGUAAAGGCAGAGAAAAAAAUCUUGUUUUGGCCAAGGGAAAAUAGUCAUUUUUUAAUCGGAAAA